AUGAUCCCGUCCCUCCGCGCGCUCAACGCCGCCGCCUCGGCACCCACCCACCACCUGAUCACGCUCGUGCGCUCGGCGCGCGGCCUGCCCCCGCAGUCCAAGGCGACGCUCGAGGCCCUCGGCCUGCACCGUAUCCAGCAGAGCGUGCUGCACCCCUUCGGCGCGACCACGGCCGGCAAGAUCCUCAAGGUCAAGGAGCUCGUCAAGGUCCGCAACGUCUCCGAGUACGAGGGCCUGCAGGCGCUUGAGCGCCGCCGGCCGGAGGGCGCUGGCGUCGUGCCUACUGGUCGCGCUUUCGGAGGCUCGAAGCGGGAUACCGGUGUUGCUGUCUAG